AUGACCUAUCAGGUCACGUGUCCCGAUUCCCCUAAAAACACCAGAGCAGUGGUUCUUUCCUCUGGAGACACAGUGGAGGGGGAUUCAGUGACUCUGAGCUGUAGCAGUGAUGCAAACCCUCCUGUUCUCAACUACACCUGGUUUAAGCAGAGAGCAGCUGCAGUCACACUGCUGACAACAGGCCAGAAUUACAGCAUCAGCAACAUCAGCUCCCAGCACAGAGGACUGUACUACUGCACUGCUCACAAUCAGCUGGGACAGCAAAACUCCACACCAACACUUCUGGAUGUGUUAGGCUCAGAGGAGAACACAGUGUUAAAGCUCGUCAUGGUGGGUGUCUUCCUGGCAUUAACACUCAUCCCAGGAGCUCUGUGGAUGUGGAAGAGGAACAGCCACAGCAGCACUGGUGAGAGUGAACAGCCUUUGCCCGAUGCUGUGUAUGAAACUGUCCCAGCCUUAGACUUCAGCAGGAGAGUCGCUUCAGAUGAUCAGGAUAACGUUCAAUAUACCAACGUCAAUUUUAAAAAAUCCCACAGACAGGGAGGGUCUCUGUUACCUAGACAUCCUCCAGACACCACAGAGGAAGUUCAGUACGCUGCUGUAAACAUUAGCAGGAGCACUGCUGCCACCCAAUUUGGGACAGAUGAAAUUGCUCAGAUCUACAGCAAUGUCCAUAAAAUCCCCAGAAAAUGAAGAAGCUAAGAGUGAUGUCUUCAAUCUCUUCUGUUUCUAAAGUGAAUGGAACAAGAAAAGCAAC